GAAUACAAGGAGACGUACAAGCACGAGCCGGAAUACAAGGAGACGUACAAGCACGAGCCGGAAUACAACAAACCUGUCCACGACUACAAGCCACAACAUUACCAGUCCUUCCUCUAA